AUGAGGUUUCCGCCAGCCACUGUGAUGCUCACAUGGCCUUCUCCCAAUCAUGUUGACCCCAUUGAGCGGGGCCCGGCGCUCAUCAUCGUCGAGCUGACCUCGUUGAGCAUUGCGCUUUUUGUCCUGUGCUUGCGACUGUACGUCAGAUUCUUCAUCAUCCGAAGAAGCUGGUGGGAUGAUUGGCUUAUGAUUGUUGCCUCUUUAUUUGCGGAUAGCUCCUCUUGGCUCAUCAUUCCGACGGUUAACGUGGACGGCCAUUGCUGCCAUCUUCGCCUUUGCAUACCGGCUUGGCAUUAUUGGGACCUCUUUGUGGAAAACCGAAAGUGCCUGGAUGAAUGGCCGCCCCUAGCUGCUCAAAGUGUUUCAACAGUGGUGAUUGACGUUAUCGUUUACAUUAUACCUAUACCGACACUAUUCCGAUUGAAACUUCCUGCAGCGCAGAGACUUGUCCUCAUGUUUCUCUUUAGCCUCGGCACAGUUGUUGUCGUGGCUGGAGCCAUGAGAACCUAUUGGAUUCACCACGUCGAAAAGGAAACGUACGAUGUUACAUGGGAAGGCUUUGAACUUUGGAUAUGGACAGCUCUUGAAGCCAACCUUGCCGUAGUUUGCGGCUGUGUUCCUGUUCUUCGCCCCCUGUUGCUGUUGACGUCGGAUUGCAAAUCACCAAAUUUGGUGGAGAGAUCAUCUCCCCCAACGAUUGGGUCUGGCGAAAAGGAAAAAGGAAAGCGUGAUGACUUGGGAUACGAUGCGUACGAUGCGGGUGAAGACAUGCUGAGCCUGGUUAAUACAACUUUGUCUACGCCCAGCAAUUCGUUCAAUACGCCCUUUCAACUAUCAAGUCCUGGCUGGUCACCGAUUCUAGAUGAAUGGGCAAGGCGACAGCAUCAGAAGCAAUUCAGACGUUGA